AUGGCGUCCGGAGGCCCCGAGCCCAGUGCCGGGCUCGCCCGAGGCCCCACCCCCCGGGCGUGCUGUGGCGUUCUCGGGGUUCUCGGUGGGGUUCUGGGGUUCUCGGGUUCGCGGCGGCGUUCUCGGGGUUCACGGUGCCGUUCUGGGGUUCGCGGGUUCGGCGUUCUGGGGCUCGCGGAGCCCGGAGCUGUUCCCUCUCCCAGCAGCAGCUGUUCCCCGGAAGCCCGUCCCCCCCGCCAGGACCCAGGCGGGGGCUCCGGUCCAGCCCAGACCCCGGCGGGGCGUCCGGCCUGCGGGCUCCCCCGGAACGUGCUCAGCGAGCGGGAGCGCAGGAAGCGGAUCUCCCUGAGCUGCAAGCGCCUGCGAGCCCUCCUGCCCCGCUUCGACGGCCGGCGCGAGGACAUGGCCUCCGUCCUGGAGAUGUCGGUGCAGUUCCUCCGGAUGGCGGGCGCCGUGCUGCCCGGCGGGGAGCGGCCGGCGGUCCUCGGCCCCACGGAGGAGGACUGGCACAAGUGGCAGCUGAGUCAGACCCCAGCAGAGGCUCCCGGGGCUGGGCCCGGAGCCCCCGGGACCAUGCUGCAGGACGCCCCGAGUGGCGUGACCACAGGUGUGACCACGGGGCUGGCCGAGGCGCUGGACAGGCCUGCAGCCCUCCCCGGUGAGUGUGCCUGGGCACAGGCGUGGUUCCAGGCCCCCCAGAAAGGGAGGGUGCUCCCGGGGGGGGGGGGGGGAGCUGUCCCACCGUCCCCUUUUCUCAUAGGGACCUCCGGCCUGGCACCCUGGACCCCAGGCCCGAGUCCCUCCCCGGUCCUGAGGCCGCCCCCCGCCUGGCCUCCCUGCUCCUGGCCACCGACCUCCCCGCUGGCGAGGGAAGAGGCUCAGAGCUGCCCAGGCCUGACCGGGCCCCUGACGGAGGAGGCGACCCAGGCUGGGAUGCCCGGCACCAGGUCCCUGCCCGCGUGUGGCGUGGAGGACGGGCCGUCCCUGCUGCUGAGGGCCAGUCCCGAGUGGUGGCUGGGGUCCCCGGAGGGCGGAGACAGCAGCGCCCCCGCUGGGGCCCCGGCCGGGAGCCCGCUGGGCAGGACGGAGCCGGGCUUCCUGGCCGGCCCUGCGCCCAGCGCCCAGGAGACCCCGGACGGCCCCCUGGAGCCGUGGGGCUGGGACGUGGGCUGCCCCAGCCUGGCCUUCCGGGACGAGGUGGACAGCAUCUUCCCCGACUUCUUCGCCGGCUAGGCG